CGGCUUUGCACGUUUCCGUGGUGAAUCCAUUAACAGUGAUGAGUAGCAUGCUAUAAAUAUAAUAAUAAUUUGCGCGCAGCCCCAAAAAUCCCUAACUCUACUGCCCCAUUGACGACGAUUCGCGUGCGAUGUAACAGUGAAUUAAGCUUAUGUUUUCCAAGCUCACGCGAGCGCCAGUCGUGAUAGAAAGUGAAAAUAAAAUACAACCCCGCGAGAGCCAUUUUUGCUGCUGCAUCAACUUCACCACAAGCAUCGUACAGAUAAUCCCACCAUUUACCAGUUUACGAAUGUAACAGUGAAGCAAUAGCGUAUAACAGAUAAGUAAAAGCGAAAACGCCGGUCGCGGGGCGCGCAGUCAGAGAGUGAAAAGAGGGAAAAAUCCUUGGCGCUCGGUUGGUUGUGACUUGUGAGCAUACCAGAAGAAAGUGAAAAGAGAUGAUGUUACGAAGAGAGCGGGAAUGCAAUAGCGAGUGAUAUGCAAAGUGGUGUUUGCGCUCGAGUGUAACUUACGAAUUGGUGCAUGACGAGUCUUGCGUAAUUGUGUAGUAUCAGUCAAAACAUUUGGCGAAUGCAUUAGGGGUGCAAAUAAAAAUAAAUUGUUACAAAUAUGUACAUUUUUAAAGACAUUGAACAAUCACCACUCUACUGAUGUCCCUAAUUUUUAACAUAUAUUUUCGAGUAAAUUUCAACAAUUCAAUAGGCUGAAAAAAAAACAUAUCAAACUGAAGCCGCUAGUCAGAGGAAGCACCGUGGAAAUUGGCAUUGGCCGCCAGGAAAACAAUUUAUAAAUCAAGAGUGUCGUCACAAUUGUGGGCAGGCAAACAUUACAUCCAACUCGAUAACCCGGUUGAUCAUCUGCUGUAAAACUGUUGCCGCCAUCGUAAAUACCGACCUUCCCUUACGAUGAAGGGUUGGUUCGAUGCCUUUCGAGACGAUGGAGCUCCCACGUUGUAUUCGUUCUCGAACCGAACCCCGGUCACAGGCGAUGUCUCGAUUGUGGCCGUUUGUGUCUUGUUCGCCACCAUCUAUUUGGCAUUUCUGGUCAUCUUCCCCGGUGUACGAAAACAGAAAUUCACAACUUUUACAUCUGUUACGCUUAGCCUAUUUGUAGGCCUAGUCAUUUUGGCGACCCGCCUUGGCUCCGCAUGGCACGUGGCUCAAUCGACAAUCGUCGCCCCCUACAAAUCAUUUUCCCGAGAAAAGCUGCCGGCCAAAAUCGGCGCUCACAUUGGUCUCAUGCACAUCAACAUAACCCUGGUGGCGCUUCCUGUUGGAAAUUGGACCCAGCCGGAUAUUGAUUUUAACGAACAGUUCAGCUGGAAUCAAGCUAAUGACAUGGGCAACUCGUACCGAAAUGCACUGCAGCGUGGUCUGCCGUAUCCGAUUCUGACAGUAGCAGAAUACUUCAGCCUAGGACAGGAAGGAUUUUGUUGGGGCGGCCAGUACAGAGCAGCAGGCUACUACGCUAGCAUUCUACUAUGGGCAUCGUUUGCAUCAUGGUUACUGAUGAAUCUGCUGCUGGUGGCUGUACCACGCUACGGAGCCUACACGAUGGCACUUACCGGAGCACUGCUGAUUGGUGCCAGCAUCGGAUACAAUAUGAUGCUCCCGAAACGACCAUUGACAAUUUUUAUCGAGGGAGGACACAUAAGUUUUCAUCUAGGAUGGUGCUUCUGGCUAGUGCUGGUAGCAGGUAUACUGUGCUUGUCGGUUGGAUUAGUAAUAUCUAUCAUUGACCUGGUGUGGCCACACCGCUUUUCGACGAUUUUGGAAGUUUAUUACGAUACCCCUUACGACCGACACGUGAUAUUGGAAGAAUCUCACGAUGUCCGAUACCGCAAACGUAAUAGCAAAGGCCUAGAAGAUCCUCCUGGGUUGGGAUCACGCAUUCUGCGCCGCUUAUCGUCGAAAACUCGAGACCAGACCAGCGAUAAGAUGGGCAUCGAGAACCGAGCGUUCCAGCACGAUGUCCCCAAGUCACCCUGGCGCUAUCCGUUCCGGAGAAUGCAGCAAACCCCGCCACAUGGUAUCCAGCGGACCGUUUCGCAGGAUUCCAAUUCUAGUAUCGCUUCCGCCGCGGCCAUGUCCCCAUCACUGCAUAAAGUGGCUCUGUCACGAAUGCUGCCAAAACCCCCGCUAGAACGAACCCGUGAAAUUUCCAACUGGUGAUCAAAAACCAUCAUUCACUCACUGCUAACGAGUAGCUGGCUGCCAAUCCUCAUACACAACUGUUGAGAACAUAUAUUAACAACAUCGAAAACACGUGUGCAACUUUACGUGAUGAAUCUCUUGUGAUAUUAAAUCGUAAAAAAGCAGAAUUAUAGAUUCCAAUAACUUUAACUAACAGAGGAAGGAUGAAAAAACACACACACAGACAAUAUGGACCAUGUUUAGCGACUUACUAUAUACAUAGGACAAACAAUUUUAUCUAGCUAGGAGAUUAUUGAUAAGAAAACGCAAAAAUGGCUUCAUAUGGAGCAGAUUUUAAAUAGUUUUUGCAGUGCUAUUCUAUGAAUUAUUUCCGAUAUUUUAAAUUAGACCAUUCGCGCAUGUUCAUGAGCGCAUUCAUAGAGGAGAUACAAAAAUGAGCCAUAAAACAGCAUAUUGCAUUAAUCCCUUGAAAACUUACAGAAGAGAAGAAACCAGUGAUGUAAUCAUAAUUUUAAAAUCGUUAGGUAUUUAGCAUUUAGCGCUUGUGCUGUUUACAUGUGAAUAAGCUGAGAUUAGGGAUGAAAACAAAUGGAAUUUAAUUCAGAUUUGAUUAAAGUGUCAGUUCUUAUGAACAUAUUGAAAUGAAAGACAAUAUCAAAGU